UGUUAGUGGUAUACAACCUGGGAAAUAUAAGGUAGUCGUGUCCGGCGUGGUGGUGGCGGCUCCCUGGCCAACAACUGCAUGGUUAAUGUAUAACCUCCUGCUUUGCUACUAUGGAGAAUGAUAUUUUGGAUUCACUGGAAGAUCUGGGAUAUGUUGGCGACAUAAGUGAUGAAGGUACUUUGAAGGCGUCUGUGGAAGGGAGUGAUGGAGGCCCUCGCAAUGUAGCUUACACAAAACUGGUUGCAUGGGUGACGGGGGAACUGCGAGUUCUGGCCAACUUAGAAGAGAUGGUGAAUGCAACUACCUCCUCUGAUGAUCACUCUGCAUUUCUCAUGGAGGUUUCAUCAUUCCUUAAGGAACUGAGUUGCCCCCAUAGCCAGUUAACAGAAGGAGCUCUGAGUCAACGUCUAUCCAGUGCUGAGUCGCGGCUUCUUCUGCUCGACUUUCUGUUGGCUGAGCUUAUGGCUGCACGCAUGAUAACUUCUGUAAAACCUGACCAGGGCAUGACGGUUGAGAUGCGCGAGAGUGAAUACGCACGUGAUUUAAAGGCAUUACUCAUUGCUCUGGGAUUCCCAAAGCCCCCAGCUAAUAUAACUCCACAGCAGCUCUUUGUAAAGGUGGAGCAGAAAGUGAAUGAUGUGAAAAGCAAGGCCCAUUCAUCACUGAUAGGUAAACCACUUUUCACUGGUGUCCUAUCAGACAAACAGUGGAAGAUGUUAGGAGAGAUGCAGAAUGAAAUGCAGAAUGAAUAUCGAAUGCGAAGAGAAAUGAUGAUUAAACGUCUGGAUGUCACAAUACAAUCAUUCCAGUGGUCAGAUAAAGCAAAAAUGAGAGAAAAUGACUUGACAAAAGCCUUCAGGAUGAGGCGUGAUCAAAUGAAGGAAGAACCCAGUGUAUCAAUAGGCGACAUGCUUGCUGCUCGUGAAGAUCUAGCCGUUCUUGAGAAGACGAGUAAUGCAUCUGUUCGUAAACAGACAAAGUCUUCUCUAAAUAAGAUUAUAAUUGGGAGGGUUCCAGACCGAGGUGGACGGGUCAAUGAACUUGAACCUCCUCCUCCGGAGAUGCCAUCAUGGACGCAACGGCAGUCUGGUGGAGGUGGAUAUGGUGGUGGUGGAGGAGGAGGAGGUCGCGGUGGAGGUCGUGGGGGUGGAUUCUCUGGUGAUCGUGUCCAAGGCGGAUGGAAUCAGGGAGGUGGUGGAGGAGGAGGUGGUGGUGGUGGUGGUUAUAGUCGUGGCUAUGACAAUCGUGGUGGUGGUGGAGGAGGAGGAGGUUAUGAUAACAGAGGUGGUGGAGGAGGUUAUGAUAACAGAGGUGGUGGUGGGGGGUAUGAUAACAGAGGUGGUGGUGGGGGGUAUGAUAAUAGGGGAGGUGGCGGAGGAUAUAGUAACCGUGGAAGUGGUGGCGGUGGCUAUGGUUGGGGUGGCGGCGGCGGUGGUGGUGGUUAUGAUAAUCGUGGUUAUGAUAAUAGAGGUGGACAUGGGGGCAGGGGAGGAGGUAGAGGGGGUGGUCGAGGUAGAGGUGGUGGUGGUAGAGGAGGUAGAUAUUAAACAUUUCAAGAAUUUCAUAUGCAGCUUGUAAUUGGAGAUAUAGUUUCAGAAAUCCUGUACGCAUUUGUCAGCACUCCAUGUAACCAUAUACCAAUAUAUAUACGUACAGUAUAUAUAGGGUGAACUUAUGCCCAGUAUUAGUUUUUCAUAUUAGUGCCAUUUAGUGGUAAAAGAAAAUCAUGGUAUUGGAAAUAGGAAUAGCUUUUUUCCACUAAAUAGUUUUGUAAAAUUUAUUAGAAAAAAUUGCAAAUUUUAACAUUGAAGUAUAUGUAAUGGGCUAAUCACUCCCAGUUGUUGUCUUCCAUGCUACAUGAUAAUGUUGAAGAUGUGGAAUCUACAAAAUGGAAGACUAAUUCCCAGGUGACUUUAGGUAAAUACUGACCAGCUGCAGCUGCUCUAUCUCCAAUAACUAAUGUCUGUAUUUGCUUCUUAUAACCUGCUAAUUACAUAAGAAACUUCUUAAAA